UUGCAGAUUUUUCCCUCACUUGACAAUGGCUCGCAAGAAGGUGGCCCUUCGGUACAUCCGCAAUAACUCGGCGCGGCGCAAUGCCUUGAAGAAGCACACUAAGAUCCUGAUGAAGAAGGCAGGCGAGGUGGCCGCCAUGCCCGAUGCUAAGGCAUGUGUGGUCGUGUAUGGCGAGGGCAUGGCGGUGCCAGAGGUGUUCCCAUCCCAUGGCGAGGCAGUGGCUAUCCUGAAUCAGUUCAAGAGCAUGCAAGAGGCGGCGCGGCUAAAGAAGACGAUGGACCAAGAGAGCAUCCUCCGUGAGCGUAUCGUACAGCUCCAAGAGCAGGUCCAGAAGGCUAGGCGCGAGGAGCAGGACCAGCACACCAAGAUUCUCCUGUAUAAGGCCUUAAAAAGUGGCCACUUCCCAGACAACAUCGAGGAGCUCACAGCCCUGGGCUCGAAGGUGGACUCUAUCCUCAAGAGCCUGAGUGAAUGCACCACAAAAAUGAGUGGGCAGCCACCAGUCGACCAAGCCCAGGUACCAUACGUCACCAAUGGCAGGGGCAUGGGGCCUCCAAUUAUGUAUCAGGCACCACCACAGCAACAGGAGGGUUGUCUUAACACUAUGAGGUUCGAAAGGGCCCCUACCACCGUGAUCUACGAUGGUGACAAUACUUGUGGCUAUGACGGCAACAACGAUGUCUUCUCUCGUGGCCACAUGAAUAUGUAAGCUGGUAGAUGAACUCUACAUGUAGCGCAUGACUAGCUACAUGGUCCUCAUCUCUUUCAAUUUAGUUUUGGCAUGGCCAAUAAGAUGCAUGGAUGGCAUCGUCAAUAAGAUGAGACAUUCGGUCUCAAUCUUGCUCUUUGAGCAA